AGGUCGACUGCUCACCAUCGAGCUUUCGAAUUCCAUAUUUUCUCUGAUUUAUGAUGGACAUUAACACCCCUGAAUUAAUUUGGGAAGCCACAGGGAGCACACUUAACUGACUUACGUUGGACCUGAAUUCUCGAAGGACACCAGCGAUUCUAAGGGUGCUAGAGAGGAACCCCUGCCAGGAACGAGUUCUGCCAGUGGGAACCACGAACCAUAAUAUGUAUCUUAAUGCUGACAGCCGCUACGUCGCACUAUUCCAACACGUCGUCUUUCACUUCCCGCUCACCCUUCAAGUUGCUUCGGUUACAAAUGUAUCUGAAGUAACAGACAAAAGCGACCGAGUUGAAAGCGGGAUCUUUCUCGGUUUUCUUACGAAUCCCGUGGGGUCCAUAUAUAGGCGGCAUCGAGGGUUUCUCCUGUUCAUAAGUACCCAGGCAACAUCCCUAGCACCAUGAGUUCUUCUCCCGUGCUCAACCUCACAUCCGUCUCUGGAGGCUUUCCUUUCCAGACGAAACAAAUUUCUAUGGCUGGGAAAGUCAAAGUACUUUUAGGCGCUGUAGAAGGCAGCGCUACCACCCGCAAAGCCGGCUCUACCAAUGGGUAUUUUGCACCAAAGUCCCAGACCUCAGAUUCUCCUCUCACUCUGAGUGUCAAUCAUGCUGAAGUUUGGCUAGAAAACGGUCGUAUAUAUAUUCGAGACCUGGACUCCCCCUUCGGUACCUUCGUAAAUGACGUCAGAAUCGAAAGCAAUUUUGCUCUCAAGACAGGAGAUAUUUUAGUGUUGGGAAAAUUUUUGAUUCGCAACAUGAACACUCCGGCUGACAUCACGGACGACCCAGUUGAAGUGUAUUGUUGCUAAAGUAACUGUGGUCGGUUCUGAGGCUUGAAAAGGAUAUCGCUUGGACUUUGCUUAUGACAAAGUUCAAAUCGCUCUCUCCACUCGCAGAAGAAGCGCGUUAC